AUGGCUGAAAACCAAACUGAAUCUGGUAAGGUUCUGAAGUAUGAAGUCAUCCAAGGCUCUUUUACGAACAGAUACCCGCCAACCGAUGAACGCUGUGCUUUUUUCAAGGAAUUCCUUCCAGACGGAGAUAUUUCGGACUUGGUGACAAAAGCCAAUGUGAUAAAAACACUGCAAAAUGAAAAGUGCGCUUCCAACGAUAUCGAUAGUCUGGGGACCUUGAGAGGAGAUAUCUCGGUGGAAUUGAAUGUGGGGAGUGUGAAACGAGCAGACUUUGACAAGUAUCAAUGGAGCUUUUUAGCUCCGAAAUUUGAUAUCGAUACCUUCCAGUCCGCAGAAUACCAAUAUGCUCAAAUAUUUCCCUACAUUGAUCCUCAAGGGCUGAUGACCCCGUUUCGUGGUGGCUUUAGCAUAGUGCGCAAGGUUGUCUUACACAAAGACCAUCGCAACGGUCAAAGUCCUUAUUGCAAUGACCCUGAAAAUGACUUCAUAGUCGCCGUAAAGACUCUCCACGCCAACGCCAACCUAUUUACAAAUGUGGAUAAAUUUUACGACAAAGAACGGACCACGCUUCAGAAAAUGGCUGAACUUAAACAUGACCAUCUUAUUAAGGCCAUAUCUGCCUACAAAAAAGGACCAGAUAAAUAUUUUCUGUUUCCGUGGGCUCGAGGCGGCAAUCUCAGGCAAAUCUGGGCUCAGGAAAGCAAUAGCACGGAGGGGAACGUGGUUUCCUGGGCUUUGGAGCAGAUGGUGGGACUUACUGAGGGAAUCUCGGCACUGCAUAAGGAAAAAGUCCGUCAUGGAGACCUCAAACCUGAAAAUAUUCUUUUCUUCCCAGAGGACAUCGAAGGACAUCGCUUCUCUGGACCGCUCGUGAUUGCAGAUGUUGGACUCGCUAAAUUCCACGAAGACUACACCGUGAAUCGCCAAGAACGAACCACAACCAACUCUAGAACGAUUUGCUACGAACCUCCGGAGUUGACUAUAGAUAAAGAGAAACCAGUGUCUCGGAAAUACGAUCUCUGGUCAUUGGGCUGCAUUUUUUUGGAAUUUCUGAUUUGGAUUCGCUUCGGCAAUUCGCAUGUACAAAAGUUUUCGACAGCCAUCUCAUCAGCUGGAGGAGAGGGGAGAUUCUGGAAGCAAUCAAGAGGGUGGAAAUUCUGGCAGGAAACUACGAAUAGCGCGAAACUCCAUCCAACCGUUGCUAGGUGGAUUACUAAGGACCUGAAGGAAGCUGGACCCCAUGAUCAACUAGUUUCGGAAUUAGCUGAUCUCAUUGCUAGUCAUCUCCUCGUUAUUGACAAAGAAAAGCGCGACAGUGAUGGCUUCUUGCAAGGUCUGAAAGAUAUACAGAAUCGGGCCGAGGAUGUAUCAAAACAGACUUGCAAUGAUGCUACAUCAUCUCCAGCUGAGGCGGAGCCUCUUUUCAACACUCCGGCCAAUCGCUCAAAUCAAGUUGGUUAA